AACUUAAUCCCUCUUUUAAACUCACCUAAAAUCUUUGUAAUUAAACCUUUUUGUUAACUACAGGUAAUGACAGUAGGUUUUAGGGAUUUGCUCUUUACAAAAGUUUCCCUUAACGACUAAGCCUUAAAUUAGUUAGUUAAUAAGCCGUCUCACUCGCUUUUAAGUUUUAAUUACGCGCGUGUUUCGUAAUCUCCCUAAUCAGGAAAACAAAAUCAUCUCAAGAAUCCAAAGUUUUAUGGCAAAAAUAUAAAAACCAAUCUUUCUUCUUCUUCUUCUUCGUCUUCCUCUUUCCUUAUCUCUCCAUCUCUGUGGAGAGAGACAAAACUUCAAAAAGGAACAUUCUUUGGGAAAUCUUUACUUAUUCAUCUCUUGCAAGCACAAUGCUAUAUCAUUAGCCCUAUAUGAUAUAAAAGCUUCAAUCUUUUCUUUGAUUUCAAAAACGCGUUUCUUUAGUAAUAAUGCCGACGCGUUUUUCUUUAAACGCGUUCUUGACGGUGUUCUGUUUGAUUGUUCUGUUACCGUUCGCCGUUGGAAUACGGUUGAUUCCGGGAAGGAUAACGGCCGUCGGUGGUUGUAACGGAGGAGGAGGUAUUAAUGAUGGGUUUAGUAAACUUGGUCCGUUCAUGGAAGCUCCCGAGUACAGAAACGGCAAGGAGUGUGCGUCGUCUUCUGUGAACAGAGACAACUUCGUGUCGUCUUCUUCUUCUAAUGAUCCUUCGCUUGUUCACGUAGCUAUGACUUUGGACUCUGAGUAUCUCCGUGGAUCGAUCGCGGCCGUUCAUUCCGUUCUCCGCCACGCGUCUUGUCCCGAGAACGUCUUCUUCCACUUCAUCGCGGCUGAGUUUGACUCGGCGAGUCCUCGUGUUCUGAGUCAACUCGUGAGGUCGACGUUCCCGUCGCUCAACUUUAAAGUCUACAUUUUUAGGGAGGAUACUGUGAUCAAUCUCAUCUCUUCGUCGAUUAGACAAGCUUUGGAGAAUCCGUUGAACUACGCUCGGAACUAUCUCGGAGAUAUUCUUGAUCGGAGCGUGGAACGAGUCAUCUAUCUUGACUCGGAUGUUAUAACUGUCGAUGAUAUCACCAAGCUUUGGAACACGGUUUUGACCGGGUCACGGGUCAUCGGAGCUCCGGAGUAUUGUCACGCCAACUUCACUCAGUAUUUCACUUCCGGGUUCUGGUCAGACCCGGCUUUACCGGGUCUAAUCUCGGGUGAAAAGCCUUGCUACUUCAACACGGGAGUGAUGGUGAUGGAUCUUGUUAGAUGGAGACAAGGGAACUACAGAGAGAAGCUAGAGCAGUGGAUGCAGUUGCAGAAGAAGAAGAGAAUCUACGACCUUGGAUCUUUACCACCGUUUCUUUUGGUCUUUGCGGGUAAUGUUGAAGCGAUUGAUCAUAGAUGGAACCAGCAUGGUUUAGGAGGGGACAACAUACGAGGAAGCUGUCGGUCUCUGCAUCCUGGUCCUGUGAGCUUGUUGCAUUGGAGUGGUAAAGGGAAACCAUGGGUGAGACUUGAUGAGAAGAGGGCUUGUCCGUUGGAUCAUCUUUGGGAGCCGUAUGAUUUGUAUAAGCAUAAGAUUGAGAGAGCUAAGGAUCAGUCUUUGCUGCUUGGGUUUGCUUCUUUGUCGGAGUUGACUGAUGAUUCAAGCUUCUUGUGAGGGUUAAAAAACAAAAAAAAGUUACAUUCUUUUUUUUUUCAUAUCUUCUGUCGUCGUAUUACAGAGUUUACAAAAUACCAUUGUUCAGGUGAGUGAUUCUUUGAUUUUCUGGUGUACAAAAACGAUUUAGUGAGGGAGGGGGGAGAGAGAUAUAGAACCCUUUUUUUUGUUGAGAAUUCUUUUGUCAUGUUGGUACUCUUUGUUUUCAAUCUUGUCUUCUUAAUAAAAACCUCAUCUUGGAAGUGCA